GGACGCCGGAAGACCCAACGAGCAUGCGCGACCACUGCGAGCAUGCUCAGUAGCUCGCGCGGCGUUCCGGAGCUUCACCGCGCGGCGGCCGACGCGGAGGUUUCCGCGGCUGCUGCGGGAGCUACAGGAAGUGAAGCGGCCCGGCCGGGAGACCGCGGCGGCAGAAACAGCGGCGGAAGGGGCGCUGCGGCGAGGACGUCGUCAACGGGGGUGGACGAGGGGUCCGAGCACCGAGGGGACCCGCCGGCUCGGAAGCCGGAUCCCGAGCCGGGCAGGAUGGAUCAUCACCAGCCGGGGACUGGUCGCUACCAGGUGCUUCACAAUGAAGAGGAUAAUUCAGAGUCAUCUGCUAUAGAGCAACCAUCAACUUCAAACUCAACACCACAGACUGCUCCUUCUACAUCAGUACCUGAAACUGACACUUCUCCUCCACCUUAUAGUAGUAUUACUGUGGAAGUACCUACAACUUCAGAUUCAGAAGUUUACAGUGAGUUUUAUCCCGUGCCACCUCCCUACAGUGUUGCUACCUCCCUUCCUACAUACGAUGAAGCCGAGAAGGCGAAGGCUGCCGCCAUGGCGGCUGCAGCAGCAGAAACAGCUCAGAGAAUUCAGGAGGAAGAGUGUCAACCAAGAGAUGACUGUAGUGAUGCAGACCAGCUCAGAGUGGGUAAUGAUGGGAUUUUCAUGCUGGCGUUUUUCAUGGCAUUUAUUUUCAACUGGCUUGGAUUUUGUUUAUCCUUCUGUAUCACCAAUACCAUAGCUGGAAGGUAUGGUGCCAUAUGUGGAUUUGGACUUUCAUUGAUCAAAUGGAUCCUUAUCGUUAGGUUUUCUGAUUAUUUUACUGGAUAUUUCAACGGACAGUAUUGGCUUUGGUGGAUAUUCCUUGUACUUGGCCUGCUGCUUUUCUUCAGAGGAUUUGUUAAUUAUCUAAAAGUCAGAAACAUGUCUGAGAGUAUGGCAGCUGCUCAUAGAACAAGAUAUUUCUUCUUAUUAUAGAGACUACAUCGACCAGACAUUCUUUUCUUAUCUCAAUGUGAAAUUUCCAGAUCAUCUGUAAACCUACAACUUUAAUAGGAUAGAAGACUACUAAAAGCAGAAGACAAAUUAGUGAAGAAAAGAUAGAUCUUCAUAAUUGAAUGGCAGGGUGGUUUAUGCUUAAAGCAAUUCUGUUCAUUCUCUUAAAUAUUUAUAUUUCAUUUGUUUUGCACAUUUGCAUAUGUGCCCAUUUAAAAGAUUUGCAUAUACUUGAAAGAGACCAUAAAGUUGUAUCAGUGAAGUCCAGUCAUAUUUGGUUAAUCAGUGUUUGAUAUAAUUGAAAGAGAUGAGUGAAAAAUAGUCUUCCAGCAUGUAAAUGCCAUUGACUUCUGACCUGACAUUUAGUAUAAUAAAAAUGGAAUUAUUAACCAUGUCAAAUGCUUUAGUUUCUGGCUUCUAGAUUCAUCUAGUAACUCUACACAUGACACAUCCUUUGUUAUGUAUAGGUUUUUGAAACCUGCAGUGCUGAUUAUAGAAAAGCUUUGUCAAAUUUUUGAACAUGAUAUUUACGUUAUUUAGCAUACUCUUUCUGUAAAUAACCAUGCAUAAAUUACUUUCUGCAUUGUUUGAUUAGAAAUGGUCUGGAUAUCUUUUCAUUAAUUUAAAAUUAAGGGAACUUAAUAUAUAGAGAAAAUUUGGGUGUUAAAGAUUGUUUUAGGACAAAUUUUAAGAAAGUGUGGGUAUUCCACAUGUCCUUCAUAAAAAAAAUCUGUUGGUUUUUUUUUUAAGGGACAUGCUAGUUUUAGGGAUUCUCAAUUGAGAAGUGUGGUUUUUAGCAUUGCCAUCUUAGAGAUUCUUGCAGGAAGAGAUUGUAUUAGAUGUAUUUAUUUCAUUUAAGACAUUUUUGAAAAUUAAUUUUCUGAAUAAGAUAGUCUCAUUUGCAUUUGUCUUUUAAAAAGCCAAUAAAAGUAUCUUUCAAUUAUCA